AUGCAGUUCAAGAUCCUUGCGCUUUCCGCUUUUGUGGCCACUGCUGCUGCCACCCUUGACGUCGCCUUCAGCGGCUACUACUACGCCGACUGCGUCUCCCCCAGCAUUGAGGCCGCCAACGUCAUCUCUGGUGCCUGUGGACCUGCCAACGGCCUCCCUCUCAAAUCUUUCUCCGCGCGCAUCUACUCUGGCUCCUGCGAUGCUGGCACAUCACCUAUCUUGAAGAUGUACACCUCCACGGGCUGCACCGAUGAGUCAUUGUACGGCGAAUACGAGAUCACCAGCGAUACUCAAUGCUUCGCGGUGGAUGCAACAUUCCUGAGCAAUGAGGUUGUUUUUUUCCAAUCCAAGUACGAAGUUGAGAGUCCUGUGCAUCCUCUGCCAGCACGGGGAUAUUUGCCAAUCAUAUUUCGGCUGUGA